UAAAUUACCACUGUGCUCCAUCAGGUGAUUUGUAAAGCCAUGAACACCAACAAUAACUUAAUGCCACCCCGAGGGCCAUUGAAAAUAACUCUGUAAUAGUCAGCCAAUACAACCUAAAGAUGAGGCAAGGGACUGGCCUUGGGUGCACCGUUCUCUUAGUCCUGCUUCCUGUCGCAUUCUAUAUCGCAGAUCUCGAGGGAUCCUCCUCGUGGCUUCCGCACAUAUAAAAACAGUGGCGCGCCACUGCUGGACAUUGAGUAAAGAGCCUCGCCCCGCGGACGAACGCCGCACCCUUCAUGGAUGCUUCAGUUGCAGUUCAGCAUCCUCUGACCCGAUCAGUUUAGUGGAUUAACUGGCAGACAUCUACGGGACGAAAGCGACGUUCUCUCUCCAUUCUAUGUCUUGCUUGUCAGCGUUCCACUGUUCUACAGGCCACCAGGACUGUGUCUAUUCCGGAGCUGCAGGCUGUGAGUCUGUGGGCGUCUGAGAAGUAGUGCGUGAGCAGGACCGGACAGGCCAUGGCAAACCGGGGACCCAGCUACGGGCUAAGCAAGGAGGUGCAGGAGAAGAUCGAGCAGAAGUACGAUCUGGAGCUGGAGGCGCGGCUGGUGGACUGGAUCGUAGCUCAGUGCGGUGGGAACACGGAGCGACCACAGCCAGGCAAACAGAACUUCCAGAACUGGUUGAUGGAUGGAACAAUUCUGUGCAGGCUCAUUAACAGCCUGUAUCCACGCGGGAAGGAGCCCAUCAAGAAGAUUCAGGAGAGCCAGAUGGCAUUUAAGCAGAUGGAGAAGAUCUCCCAGUUCCUGGAGGCUGCUGAGGCCUAUGGAGUCAUCACCACAGACAUCUUCCAGACUGUGGAUCUGUGGGAAGUGUUGGUGAAGGCUGUUGCUGUGGUUACAGGGAAGGACAUGGCUGCGGUGCAGAGAACCCUGAUGGCCCUCGGAAGUGUUGCCCUCACCAAGGACGACGGACAUUACCGUGGUGACCGCGACUGGUUCCACAGGAAAGCCCAGGGUUACCGACGGGAGUUCUCAGAGGACCAGCUUCGGCAGGGCCAGAGUCUGAUUGGUUUGCAGAUGGGCAGCAACCGCGGUGCCUCUCAGUCCGGCAUGACGGGCUACGGAAUGCACCGGCAGAUCAUGUAGAGGCCAGCCAGCCACUCGAGCCAGCUGUCGGCCACUCCCUCAGCCUGGCAGUGUACUCCAGUAACUGGACCUGCAGAAUAAUGCUCUGCCAUGCCCCUGUAACCUCAUGAAAUUACCCAACGACACACACACAAACACACACCCACACAUAUUCUCAGGCUUACUGUUAAUCUCCAAACAGUGUCCCUUACACCCACACCUUGAUUCCAAUGAUUCCAUUCCAGACUUCAGUGCAUUCUGCUCACCCCUUCUCUUCAGUCCUGCCCUCUUCAUACUCCCUAUCUUUCCAAGUAAUUUCUCAUUUAUCCAUCACUUCAGGUUCUGCCAGCCAUUCUGUUCAGAGGAUCAAGCCUUAUUCACUUAGCUGAUACAGCGAACACGAUCAGUCAUCCCUCUACAAAAACAAGCUAAUAUUAUUUAACAUUUCUACCAAGAAUUACAGCAAAACAAUUUUGUAGCAUGUUACAUUAUUUGAAUUACUGAAACUAUAUGUACAUUCGGUGUGAUUAAUUCAUAUAGUCCUUUGUUAGGAUUUUGCUGUACCUCAUGAAACGUCUUGUGUAUAUCUGAAUGGAACUCAGUGAGUGCUUGUGCCUCUGGUGUCUGAAAAUGUGAAGACUUUUUUUUUCUGUAACCAAAUUACCAUCACAUUGUGCCUGCUUACCACAGUAUUGGGACCAUGAACGAUGCCUUGAAUAAGAUGUCACCCACCCUAAUUUUGGUUAUUUUUUGACUAUUCUGUGCCGUGUGUACUUGCGUGUAAUUAUUAUUUAUGUAAUGUGUGUCCAUGGUUGUUAAAUAGCCACCACAUAUGAUAGUGACACUAGAAUCACAGUUUCAGGCCUGAUAUUGCUUGAACAUGUUAAAUCUAAUUUGUCGUGUGUACGCUGAGAGAUGUGUUCAUGUCCGAAAGCUUGUGUGUAGAGAAUAUGACAAUAAACUGAUUCUGGGAU